AUGGCUCCCAUUUAUGGCGCCAAUGGCGCGGAUGCGGCAGCGUCAGGGUUGAGCUCAUCCUCGAGCUCAUCAACGACCUGGCACGAUCCCACCAGCGGAGAGAAGCACCCGUCUCGCGCUUACGGUCAUCCACACGGGCUGUCCAGCGGUGGCGUAGCCGGGUUGGUGGUCAGCUUGCUCCUUAUACUGGCUCUCGCGGCCAUGCUCGCGCGCUUGUGGAUCGCUCAUCGUCGCCUUCGUUCAGAGUUCAGACGUGCAUCUUUCUCAGUAAGCUCAGUGCAGUGCGCCUCUGAGGCCUCGCACUGGCAUACAAAUCGAGCCCGGGCGUCUCGCAACUCUUUUCUAAAGCCAUUCACCCUUCAAAGACCUCGCGCUUUGUCGAAGAGCAGCACCUUUGCGCCUUUGCGCGGCUCGAGUCUAGACCAAAGCAGUCUCAAAUCACCGCGAUCCUUUUCGGAUUCUAGCCGAUAUUCUUUCUCUCCGCAGCAGCACACAUUGCAACAAAUUCACACUGCAUCUUCCAUUCCGGACUCGUGGCUGCUCGCCGAUGAGCGCCUUCCGGUCGGCGCCAUGUCCGUGCACCACCUGUCUCGCGGCGAGGCUCGAGCUCCAUCAGUCGUCUCAUCCAUCUACGCUGCCAGUCCUAGGCUCUUCAUGACUGCAAGUAGACAAGCAAGCAACUCUAGCAGGACAUCCGCCGCCGCCACCACCAACUCUCAAGCGCACGUCGCUGUCGAGCUCUACGGAUAUAACAGUCGAAGAGCCUCGUUGCAACCCUCCGAGGCUUGCUUCGAACCUCAAGUAUGGGCCAAUGUGGUGUCGUCACCUGCAAAUGCACACCUGCCAAACGGCAUGAAUGUCAGAGCGCCCACCUCGCACCACCGGCAUCUCCCUCUUGUGGACGAAGCAACAGCCUCUCCACUACACCGACUGCAUCCCGAUGCGCUCUUCCCAACGCAGGCAACGUCGAGCACGAUGACGCCGCUUUCAAGCUCAAGAAUGAUGGGCAUGAUGCAGUCUCCCAUCCAGUCAUUGGCUCCCGACUCUCUGGAUUGGCACCACCUUGGCACGCCCCCUGACAGUGUAGGGCUGAGACUGGCUGCCUUGCCUAGCUCUUCAACGUCGUCUCUGCAUCGACAUGCUCCGUGGAUGAUGUUGCGUCAGGCAUCGGAAGCAGCGAGCUGUGUCAGUCUUCCGCGCACCGUCAGUCGCGCCGAGAGCGUCUUUGCGCCAGACAUCAACCCUGUCUUUGAAGUCAUGCCACGUCCGUCGACCGACGAGUCUCAACAGAUGGAGCACUUGCGCGCGUCAACUUGCGUUGAUGUAGACGCUCGAAUGUCGGCGACAAGCGCUCUUCAGCUCGACUUAUGCGCAUUGGGCCCAAGAGCGGAAAGGCGUCUCUCUAUCGCCACCCCCCCUGCUACGCCUCCUGAGGUCCCAGAUCUCCUACCAUCUAGUCAAGCUUCUCACACGCAUUCGGUCGCAGUGCGGCGUCCGACUCUGAUGAAUCGGGCGUCCACCUCCUCGCUGUCCACAGACCCCAGUCAUUCGAGAGAAGAUGGCUUCUCAGCUCCUCAGACCCCUAACAUGCCAUGUGGGCCGCCACUGGGCAACAGCAGCACUGCCGCUUCUCCCGUCAGCGCAGAAUCGCACACCGUUCGACAGUUCAAGGAAGCUUUCCACCUAGACCUAGGUGGCAAAGGCUCGCCUGUGCCUUUGAGCUUGAUGCCCAGUCCUCUUAUUGAACGAUCCAACCCUUUCAGCCACGCAUUCGGGAUGUCCGUCAAGGCUGCUUCGCCAUAUGCGCCAUCUUUAUCGCCGCCGACAAAUCGAAGCCACGCCGAAGCCAGAAAGCAAAGCCGUUUUGCCAGUGGAUGGUUGUAG